AUGGCUCACACUGGCAGGUCGGCACUGUCUGCCUGGGCGCUGGUGCUGCUGCUGCUGCUGGCAGUUGUCUUUGCCAGCAACCAUGCUGCGGCCGACGACGAGGUCCCCGAUGCAUGCGACGCGUGCUCGUGUCAAGGCUCGCCGCUGGUCGUCAAGAGCUGCUGGACCAAUCUGACAAGCAUUCCGGCCAACAUCCCGCUCACUGCGACCAUUCUGUACUUUCAAAAGACGUCCAUUACAAGCAUUGCCCCAUAUGCGUUUUCUGGCAUGUCCUCGCUCACUCGGAUCUACCUGUACAACUCCCAGAUUACCGAAAUUGCAUUGAAUGCGUUUGCAGGUCUCCCAGCUCUCCAACUUCUGCACCUGUCGAACAAUCCGAUCACAAGUCUCCCCGACUACGGCUUCUCGUCUCUCUCAUCCGUGAGCGAAUUAUACCUGGCCAACACCCAACUGACAACACUUUCAGCCCAUGCGUUUGACGGCAUGUCCUCCUUGACCUAUCUAUACCUUGCUGGUAAUUUGGUUUCAUCGGUUGCUCCCAACACCUUCAGCAGCUUGUAUUCGCUCCGAUUUUUGCACCUGUUCAAUACUAAGCUGACCACGCUGCCAGUCGAUGCAAUUGGCGGCCUUUCUGCGCUUGAAGAGUUGCACUUGUACCGGUCCAACAUUGCGUCUAUCCCACCCAAUGCAUUCAUGGGCCUCAACCUCAUCUCGCUUCGAGUCUUAGGACUUAUCACGAGCCUUCCAUCCAAUGCCUUCAACGGCAUGAGCUCGUUGACCUCGCUAUCUUUGAAUGGCAAUCCUAUUACCAGCUUUACGGAUACAGCGUUUGCGGGACUCUUUUCAUUGACCCUACUCAAUUUGUACUCGACGCAGAUUACAAGCAUUCCCGCAAAUGCGUUUGCCGACUUGUACUCGCUGAAUGUUCUAAACCUGUUCUCAAACCAAAUCACCAACAUUCCGUCCGAAACGUUCACCGCUCUGAGCGCGCUGACCCAAUUGAACAUGGUCGGCACUCGGAUUACAAGCAUUCCCGAUAACGCCUUCAACGGACUUUCUUCCCUGACCAUGCUGUAA